GUUCAUUCUGUGGGAGGCGGGCUGUCCUAUGGCUGCGGUCAACAUCUGGAACAGGUUACUCACUCUGUUGCUUACCUUGGAGAGUAUACCGGAAUACAACUGCAAUUUAAAAAUGUCUUUCGUAAAAGUAGACGAAAAGUCCGACUUCUCCUAUCACAAUCUACCAUAUGGCGUGUUCUCGACACCGGAUAAUGUGAGUAUGACGAUACAUUUGUUGUACUUUUAGUUGAAUCGGUUUUCCUACACAUCGUCUCCUGUGCCAUGGAACUAUGGAAUGUAAAUUGAUUUUCUUAGGACAAAAUGUUACAAACGACUGUGGAAACGUGAAGUUCUCUUGGAUGAAACAUUGUAGUUUACAAAGUAGCUUCUCCAAUAUCGUUCCACUUUAUUGUUUCAUUCCUGUUCUGCUGUAUUUACAAAUGUCUCGUGUAACUCUCAGUCCAAGCACCGGAUUGGGGUCGCUAUUGGAGAUCAGAUUUUGGAUCUGAGCGUUAUAAAGUCACUCUUCAGAGGUCCUGUGCUCUCCACUCACCAGGAUGUGUUUGACCAGGUAAGGCCAUCAAAAUGUGUUGUGCUCCUCAAUGUCUCAAAUUUAUGGUUGAUAUUUCUUAUCGGCACUGAUGGCAAUAUUGUGCAUUCACCUGGUAAUGUAACAUGGCACGUUUACUAUGUAUCUCCACUAGUUUACUUAUACUACCUUAUGUAGCCAAUAGGACAGUAUACUAGGUGGGUAGGUCUAGUCAAUGGGCACGAUGCACUGCUUUUCUUCCUUGAGAAUAUCCACACCGGUGUCAUAAUCGAGUCAUCAACUAUGAUGUAUGCUUCAUAUAUUGUGGACUAUACAGUACAUUAAAUCUACAAGUGAGUAGUUGGAAUUGGUUUGGAGUGUCUUCUCUCGCCCCCUGCCUGUGAAUGGGUCCCUAAUAACCCUAUUGUCUGGAGGCCAUGUGUGCCGCUGCCUCCCAACUGACUCCUCCCCUUCAGCUCGGUGCUGCUCUGACAUAACAGGAUCGUUAAAGCACAAUGGUGGAUUCCUACUGGGAAUUGGCUUUCACCUUUCCAGUUUUGUCACAUUAGUGCUGAUAGGGGAAUGAGACAAGGAGUGAAAGCCACAUCAUGCUAAUGAAAUCACAUGAGGCGUCAACAGGGUUGAAAUGAUGAAGAAGACAACUUUUCUGUCAUGAUUUCAAUCCCUGAAUUCAAUGUUAAAUGCACAGGUUCCCCCUAUGAUAUUUCCACCCCUGGGCGUCAAGGAAGAGACCUGCUUUCAUGAGUGAGAGCCGCCCGAACACCAACGUCAAAACUGACUUACAAACAUGCCUGGUUUCUCUUAAAGUUUCUUCCUUUUAGGGAGUUUUCCCUUGCCACUGUGCUGUUGCUUGCUCCUUGGGGGCCCAGACUGGGUUACUUGUUAUGAGGGCCAUAUACAGUAUAAAAAUAAAAAAAGCUUUCCAUUUUUAAUGCGUUUCCUCAUAAUAUGUUCCGACCUCUCAACUAGCCGACCCUGAAUGCGUUCAUGGGUCUGGGGUACGAGGCAUGGAGGGAGGCCAGGAGGAGUCUACAGCAGCUGCUGUCUGCCAACGAGACCACACUCAGAGACGACGUCAGCCUCAGGAGCAGGUCAGCCUCCAGCACUUCUAUAGCACUUUUUUACAAUUAUUUAUUGGAUUUUGCAGUAUGUAAUAAGCACUUCUAUAUUCUAUAACACUUCUAUACCGUAUAGCACUUCAAUAGUACUUCUAUAGCACUUAUAUAUUCUAUAACACUUCUAUACUCUAUAGCACUUCUAUAUUCUAUAACACUUCUAUACUCUAUAGCACUUCUAUAUUCUGUAACACUUCUAUACUUUAUAGCACUUCUAUAACACUUCAAGAGUUCGGCAAAGUAGGAUCAUGUCAAAUAUAUUGAAUUAUUAUAUUAAUUGUUUAGGAUAUGGUUUUUGACCGCAAUCAAAAUCAUAUUAUUUUCUGGUAUUCCCUUAUCUUUUUAUUUUCUAUCAUGGUUUGUAGCAUGUUUACGUUUCUAUAAUGUGUGUGUGUCUCCUCAGAGCAUUUUUCCAUCAGAGUUCAGCCAUGAUGCAUCUGCCUGCUGAGAUAGGUGAGUUGUUAAACAGUAGGAGAGGAAGCCGAUUUAGACUAUUGACAUGCACCUCAUAUUUCACCCCUCCUGUCUCUACACCGAGCUUGAGGUAUAGUACAAGUUGUCCCUAAGCACAGAUCUAGGAUCAGAUUACACCUCCGCCGUUACUAACUUUAACUCUCAGGGGUAUAAAACAAAAUCUGACCCUGUAUCAGAUGUUAGGGGUGACUUCUAGCUACUUUCAGAGAAGCAAUCCCAGUCAGCAUUGCAGCAUCAGUCACCAAUGCACUACCUACUAUCCCUCAUCGGCUGUGUUUUGAGAACGUCAAUUCAAGACUGACAUAAUCUACAAAUCAUAAUGACUAGUUAUUUAGGAUGCAAGGUGAUUUGUAGAUCAGUCAGUCUGUGAUCACCAUCUGAGCAGAAUUCAUGCUCCUAAAGGAGCAACAUGUCACAUUUUAGCCAUAAUUUUCAAUUUCUUCAUGUUUUUUGAAGGACACUGCUUAGAAAUGCCUAUGAAUGGCUUAGUACUGCUUCUUACCUGAUCAUAAUCCAAUCCAUAAUCGGUAAAAAAAUCAUUUGCAGUGUCACGCGGCAUUCUAAAAAGUAUGUUUUACUCUCCUGAAUUUCUAUUCCUUUGCUACUACACGAACAGUAUGCAAUUCAUAUUUGAUGCUAGCUGCAGCUAAUGUUACAUGUAUAACCUUUAAGCAUGGAAAUCCUCUCAACUAAUGAUAUGCUAAAUCCAGAGUUACCAUGGAGAUGUUACUUUUUUUCUCUUUGCUGAUCCAAUGGUGCGUUUCUGAAAUUGAUGUAACUUUCUAAAUUAUUUAUCUGGUCUUCAGUCAUGUUAAUGCUACCUCAGGUAAUUCAAGAAGCAAGCUUGACUUUUCGGUCACGUUUGGCUGUGCAUGUCAUAUGUCUUUACACAAUCUAAAUCCACUUUCAUAUGGCUACAUUGAAAUUCUAUGAUGGAAUGCCAGUGUGAACCAACUCAGGGGGAGAAUCUCAAUUGCAUUUAGUUUAUUCCUUGUGGAUGAGAAGGUCAUCCAAUGGGUUUUGAGAAGGAGGCGAGGAGAGAGGAUGCGAGGAAUCAAGGAAAUGCAAUUGAGGUGUUUGUAUGAUGCUUGAACAAGAGGUGGCGCUGUUAACCAAUAGAAAUAUACUAGUGUAGUAAGAUGGGUGAUUGAGAGAUUUGUUUGCUAUCUAAAUGUUGAUAUAAAAAAAGGUUCUAAAGGCUAACCAUUGGUUCACUGUACAUAUUUAACAGUGUCACUUAACUACCCUCUUUCUCUCUCCAUCUAUCUCUCUCACACACAACCACACACACACACACAGGUGACUACACUGACUUCUACUCAUCCAGGGACCAUGCCACCAACGUUGGCAUUAUGUUCCGAGGGAAGGAGAAUGCCCUGAUGCCCAACUGGUAUGAUAUGACAACCAGCACCUCAUCUGCAUCCCGAAUGGCUUCCUAUUGCCUUUAUAGUGAGGGAGGCCAGAAGGAGUCUACAGGGCUAUAUACAGUAACUGUAACUGAGCUACGUCGUCCCCUGUAGCUCAGUUGGUAGAGCAUGGCGCUUGCAACGCCAGGGUUGUGGGUUCGUUUCCCACGGGGGGCCAGUAUGAAAAUUUAUGCACUCACUAACUGUAAGUCGCUCUGGAUAAGAGCGUCUGCUAAAUGACUAAAAUGUAAUAGUGCACUACUUUUGACAAGGGCCCAAAUAGCUCUGGUCAAAAGUAGUAAACUACAAAGGGAAUAGGGUGCCAUUUGGGACACUGAGUGUAGAAAACAUUAAGAACGCCUGCUCUUUCCAUGACAUAGACUGACCAGCUGAAUCCAGGUGAAAGCUAUGAUCCCUUAUUGAUGCCACUUGUUAAAUCCACUUCAAUCAGUGUAGAUGAAGGGGAGGAGACACGUUAAAGAAUGAUUUUUAAGCCUUGAGACAAUUGAGACACAGAGGGUGCAUGUGUGCCAUUCAAAGGGUGAAUGGGCAAGAUAAAAUAUUUAAGUGCAUUUGAACAGGGUAUGGUAGUAGGUGCCAGGCGUACCGGUUUGUGUCGUGAACUGCAACGCUGCUGAGUUUUUCACACUCAACAGUUUCCCAUGUGAAUCAAGAAUGGUCCACCACCCAAAGGACAUCCAGCCAACUUGACACAAAUGUGGGAGGCAUUGGAGUCAAUAUGGGCCAGCAUCCCUGUGGACAGCUUUCGACAUCUUGUAGAGUCCAUGCCCAGACGAGGCUGUUCAUUCACCACUUACUAACUCACUAACUGACCAUAUUAUUAGAUGUAGACAGAGUAACUCACUAACUGACCAUAUUAUUAGAUGUAGACAGAGUAACUCACUAACUGACCAUAUUAUUAGAUGUAGACAGAGUAACUCACUAACUGACCAUAUUAUUAGAUGUAGACAGAUGAAUGAUAUUGGUCAGACUGUCUGAAAACCAUCCACUAGAAGUCCAAAUCCUCAGAUAACAAUGUAGCUUUUCUUGUUUGAGUUGUUUUUAUCGCUUCUCGUUAUUUGGAGAGAGACACAGUGAGAACAAGAAGGAUAAAAGAGAGAUAGAAAAGAAGGUGACGGAGAAGAGGAGAGAAUAAGAGAGAGGGAAAAAUAAGAAAAAAGAGAAUGAGAGAAAGGAUAAAAUAAGAAGAAAAAGUGAGAGAGGUAGAAAGAGAGAGAAACGUACUAAGGCCUUGUGCUGUGCUGUGAGCUAUGAUGUGUGAGGGACACAAUUCGUUUUCUCUAAUUGACUGGAGCACUCGGACAGUUUCAGUGUUUUCACAAACUGCACCUUCCUUCGGUUAGUCAGUGAGUCUGCAGUCCAUCACUGCACCAUCCUUCAGUCAGUCAGUGAGUCUGCAGUCCAUCACUGCACCAUCCUUCAGUCAGUCAGUGAGUCUGCAGUCCAUCACUGCACCAUCCUUCAGUCAGUCAGUCAGUGAGUCUGCAGUCCAUCACUGCACCAUCCUUCAGUCAGUCAGUGAGUCUGCAGUCCAUCACUGCACCAUCCUUCCUUCAGUCAGUCAGUCAGUGAGUCUGCAGUCCAUCACUGCACCAUCCUUCAGUCAGUCAGUCAGUCAGUCAGUGAGUCUGCAGUCCAUCACUGCACCAUCCUUCAGUCAGUCAGUCAGUGAGUCUGCAGUCCAUCACUGCACCAUCCUUCAGUCAGUCAGUCAGUGAGUCUGCAGUCCAACACUGCACCAUUCCUGGCUUCAGACACCACAGCUGCUGAACCUCUUAGUGUAGAACCUCUCUUCUUUCUCUUUCUGUCUCUCUUUCCAUUUUUCUUCCUUGCUCUCUCUCUUUCUCUCUGUAUCCGUAUCUCUAUCUCUGUAGCUGUAUAAUGCUGACCGAUUGGCUGACUGUUUAUUUGACUGGCUGACUGACUGAUUGUUUGACUGACUGUUUAUUUGACUGACUAACUGACUGACUGUUUGACUGGCUGUCUGUCUGACUGACUGUUUGACUGCCUGGCUGGCUGACUAAUUUACUGUUUAUUCGACUGACUGACUGACUGAAUAAUUGAUUGGUAGUCUUGAGGUUAGAUCGUUGGGCCAGUAACCGAAAGCUUGCUGGUUCCAAUCCCAGAGCUGAUAAGGUGAGAAAAACCUGUCGCUGUGCCCUUGAGCAAGGCACUUAACCCCAAUGGCUCUAGGGACGCUUGACAAUGGUGACCCCACUCCCUGCGGGUGUCUUAGGGGCAGUUGGGAUAUGCAAAAAACACAUUUUCAUUACACACUUGUUUGUAACAGGACAAGUAUAAGCAUCCCCCCCAAAUUAUUAUUAUGUUUGUUUGACUGACUGAUUGUGUCCCUCAGGUUGAGGCUGCCCGUGGGGUAUCAUGGCAGGGCUUCUUCCAUAGUGGUGUCUGGGACCCCCAUACGCAGACCCUCUGGACAGAUGAGACCCGACCAAUGUAAUGAAACACAACACCUAGUCUGAAAAUCAACACGGACUCUGAAAACAAAGAGAAACACACACACCACACAAAACCUCUCAGACUAGUGUCACUAUCUUUUUGUGUCCCUCACUAACACUCUUCCAUUGUGUUCUCUCUUAGCUAAGCCUCCUGUGUUUGGCCAGUCUAAGCAGCUGGACAUUGAGCUGGAGAUGGUCAGUAUAUACUUUAUAUAGCUACACUUUAUUACAACCAAGGAGAUGGUUCAUAUCAAUGGCAUCACAAAAAAAGUAUCUCUCUCUUUCUCUCUGUGUGUUUCUCUCUCUCUCUCUCUCUCUCUCUCUCUCUCUGUCUCUCUCGCUCUCUGUCUCUCUCUCUCUCUCUCUCUCUCUCCCUCUCUCUGUCUCUCUCUCCCUCUCUCUCUCUCUCCCUCUCUCUCUCUCUCCCUCUCUCUGUCUCUCUCUCUGUCUCUCUCUCUCUCUCUCUCUCUCUCUCUCUCUCUCUGCUUUUUAUCUCCUUUCUCUCUGUCUUUCUCUCUCAGGCAUUCUUUGUAGGUGGAGGUAAUCGUCUUGGUGAGCCCAUUCCCAUAGAGAAAGCCCACCAACACAUCUUUGGCAUGGUGCUGAUGAACGACUGGAGUGGUAAGGUCUCACACACACACUUAUACUCACUCACUCACACAGACUCAUGCACGAGCACACACACACACACACACACACGAGUACACAUCCAGUCACUAACAAAUAAACACACACACACACACUUACACGCUUGCUCAAUUACGUACACACUCAUAUGUGCAUACACACACACCUACACAGCCCACAUCACUGGAAGACAGAAAUGAAUAAUCACCAUACAGUAUAUCUUAAUUUUCAAAUGAAUGCAGCCAAUAGUAGAAUCAUUAGCCAAAAACAAUAUAUCAGUAAAUGAAAAAUCCUAACGUCAAUAACACUAAUUGAAAAGCAUCCACUUUCCCUGAUAACACUAACUUAAGUUCCUUAAUUUAGUUCUGCAUUAUAAAUGUUGAUGUGAUCAUUUCAUAUUUAAUCACUGGGAGCAGGGUAAACUACUCAGGAAAACAUGACAGGCUAUGGAUUAUUAAUAAGGCAUAAGGAUCUUGGGAGGAGAAGUGGUAUCGACUGUAGCCUUGAGAUUUCAAGAUAGUCUUCUCUCCAUCUCUCUCUUUCUGUCGCGAUCUGUCUCUGUCACCGUCUGUUUUUCUCUGUCUCUUUCUCCAUGUUUUUUCCUCUUUCUGUCUCUCUCUGUCUCUCUGCUUCCUUCGUUCUCUCUCUUUAGGUUAAGCUCCCACUGUAUACUGUCUAUCCUGUAUUCUCCUCCUGGGAAAAUGGAGAACUAACUGUUCGACAAAUACAUUUUACAAAAUUGUAUGUGUUUGUCAAGCACAUAACCACUAUUAUUUCGUAGUUAGCUCCCUAGCUAAGCUGUCAUUACGACGAAGGUAGUUAGCUACAUAAUAAUAAUAAUAUGCCAUUUAGCAGACGCUUUUAUCCAAAGCGAUUUACAGUCAUGUGUGCAUACAUUUUUGUGUAUGGAUGGUCCCGGGUAUCGAACCCACUACCUUGGCGUUACAAGCGCCGUGCUCUACCAGCUGAGCUACAGAGGACCACGAUAGUUACAGAGUUGUUAGUCAACUAAGCGAGAACACUUUCUUGCCCGCACAUGUUUUGAUCUCAACGGUAGUAGGCGUGAGCGCAUUGACGAGCAAGGAAACGUGCAGUGUUGCAGUAGUUCAUGGCAGAGAGAGCUGUUCCACUAAAACUGUCCGUCAGGGUAAGUUAUGUUAGACUGUUAAAGAUUAGUAGGCCUAUGUUAAUGAAUCAGUUGUUGAUCUGUCCUCUUGAUAUAGCUGUAUGUCAACAGUAUGAUGUGAUAAUAGUCAGUUCAAUGACAACAAGGCAUGUUGAAUGAAUGGCAGCCUAGUAGUCAGACCUAACUGGAUGGAUGAGGUCAGGGAUGGAGAUCUGAAACAAGCUUAUAUAGGCCUAGAUCAGUUGUUUCAUAUUCCAAAUAGCCUGUACUGAACUAGACAACUACAUUGCAUCCAGUAAUUGAAUCAUUCAGAAUACCCCCCCCCCCGUUUACAUUUUAAUUAGACUAUCCACAUAAAGACACCUAUUAAUUAGAAUAAUCAUUACCCCUAAAGGUAAACUAGUGUGAGUGUCAUUGAGACCACCUCAAUUUCAUUUAGAAUCAAACACCAGACUUCUGUGUUGGCUACAUUGUUUGAUAUAAUUUAAGACUCCAAGUACCAUAACAGUCUAUAGCCUACCAUUCCUAGUGAGGCAGUCUUCUGCCAACAUCAUUAUUAGGCAAAAAAAUUUGCAUUUGCCUAUGAUUUGAGCAGUUUGGGUGUCGCACGUGUGCCGCCAGGGGUGCCAGUUAUGCGCUGAAGUGGUACUCAUUAAAAAUCCUUCAAGGUUGGCAGGGCUUAGUGUAGAACCCAUAGACAGACAUAUACAAUACUGUAUUCACUUUAUUCAAACAAGUUGUUUUCUUCCCACUGGCUUCAGUCACUCCGAUUGAAUGAAAUCCGAUUAAAAGAAAUGCAAGUUUUUGCCAUGAGGGAACUCCUUAUGAGAAAUGUUACAUUUGUGUGUGUGUGUGUAUGCGUGUGUGUGUGUGCAAGGAAGCAUGUGCUAUCAAGAAAAAUGUGUGUGUAUUAGGGGUGUAACGAUCCAUCUACUACAUCGAUGUAUCGAUUUAUAUUCAUAUGAUCCAACUACAUCGAUCUGUGCUCGGCGAGUUGGCCUUUUGGACAACAUAUAUCGAUCUAACAUCGUUUUAAAAUGUAAUAAAUCGAUUGUAUCGAUACUAGGAAAUAACCCAUUGGAUUUAAGCACGUCAGACUUUAUAUGCAGGGGUGCACAUAACUGGUACGCAGAUACGCAAGCGCGACAAAAAUCAGGAAUGCGUAAUGCCACUUGUGUUACUACGCGCCUUUGCGUACUUGACCGAUCUUCUCAUCUAACCUUACACAUGACAUGUUGCUUGUCAACUACUGUCAGGGAUGUCCAAAAAGCAACAGACAUUAAGCAGCUUCUUUGGCGUUUUGCCACCUACAAAGAAACGCCAACUGGAGCCAGAGCCGAAGAAAAUACUUUUUUCGGAAAAGUGGCUUGAAGCUAACGAUGAGCGCACUGAAAUGUGGUGCAAGAUUUGCCGCUCAAAUCCACAUCUAGCAGACAAAACAGGUGCAUUUUAUAAAGGCUCAAAGAAUUUCAACCAUCCUUUAUUUGACAAACAUGAAAAGAGCAAGGAGCACACGAAUGUGGCGCAAGCCAUUGCUAAAAGCUAGCCGAGAAUAAAUGUCCAGUCGCCCACUUGCCAGACAAGCUGAAUGAAGAACAGCGGCAAGCUCUGUUUAAUAUUUUUUCUCUUUCCAUAAAGCUAAACACGCACGUCCCAUGUCUUCCUAUUCUGAGGAUGUUCCUUUACUGAAUGCUUUUUGAUGGAUCUGAGGACAUCACAAAAACUGAGCAGGAAAUAGUUUACAUUGUGUCUGUGUCCAGCAACGGAGAGUUUACUUUGGACUUUAUUGGACUGAUUGAAUUGGGUGCUGACCGAACCGCACAGGCCAUAACAGACGGACUUGUGAGACUUUUGGUAAGUUUCAUAAUACCAGAUGGUCUGCAUGGAGUCAUGAAACACUGUUAAAAAUAUCAAGACUAUUGCCAGCCAUUAAAAUGCAACUGGUUACCAGGUAUUUAUUUCAGUCACACUGGUUGAAUUUUUGGCUAAAAGGUUACUGAAUCGAUUUCAAGUCACUGAAUCGUUUCGGAUCGUAUCGUUCUAAAUGAACCAAUAUCGUCCUUGAAUCGUAUCAACAACCACGAAUCGUGAUACAAAUCGAAUCGUUGUUAAAACGAAUCGUUACACCCCUAGUGUGUAUCCACUCUGUGUGUGAUGGCAAUGUGCCAACCGUUAAAAGAGAUACACAGUCAGGGACCAACUGAUAUCAAACUGACUCUCUCUCUCAGCCCCGCCUCCCCCUCUUAUCUUAUUUAAAUAUUGAAGAUAUCUCAUCUUUGCAAAGCUGUUGUCACCUCUUAAUGCUAGGUCGGGACAUCUCAGCUUGACUUGCUGAGUUGCUGUGAUUUAGUGAGACUUUCAAGGCAGAGCAAGUGGCAUUUCAGCACAUUGACUAGGUCUGUGUCCCAAAUGGCACCCUAUUCCCUAUAUAGUGCACAUUCCCUAUAUAGUGCACUACAGAAGGAGUGCACGGUAGGGAAUCAGUGACAUAAAGUACUUAAGUAAAAAAUACUUUAAAGUACUACUGAAGUCAUUUUUUGGGGUAUCUGUACAUUACUUGACUAUUUAUAUUUUUUUUAAUGUGUACUUUUACUCCACUAACUACAUUCUUAAAGAAAAUAAUGUACUUUUUACUCCAUACAUUUUCCCUGACACCCAAAAGUACUCAGUACAUUUUGAAUGCUUAGCAGGACAGGAAAAUGGUCCAAUUCACGCACUUAUCAAGAGAACAUCCUUGGUCAUCCCUACUGCCUCUGAUCUGGCGGACUCACUAAACACAAAUGCUUUGUUUGUAAAUUAUGCCUGAGUGUUGGAGUGUGCCCCUGGCUAUCCGUAAAUAAAAAAUGGUGCCGUCUGGUUUGGUUAAUAUAAGGAAUAUUUAGUAAUUACAUUUACUUUUGAUACUUAAGUAUAUUUAAAACCAAAUACUUUUAGACUUUUACUCAAGUAUUAUAUUGCUGGGUGACUUUUGGAAGGCAGACUACUAGGCUUCACCUUAUUUUUCUAUUGCCAGAGCCCAUGUUGACUCCAAUGCUUCCCACAGUUGUGUCAAGUUGUCUGGAUGUCCUUUGGGUGGUGGACCAUUCUUGAUACACACAGGAAACUGUUAAGCGUGAAAAACCCAGCAGCGUUGCAGUUUUUGACACAAACCAGUGCGCCUGGCACCUACUACCAUACCCCGUUCAAAGGCACUUAAAUAUUUUGUCUUGCCCAUUCACCCUCUGAAUGGCACUCAUACACAAUCCAUGUCUCAAUUGUCUCAAGGCUUCAAAAUCCUUCUUUAACCUGUCUCCUCCCCUUCAUCUACACUGAUUGAAGUGGGUUUAAAAAGUGACAUAAAUAAGGGAUCAUAGCUUUCACCUGGAUUCAGCUUGGUCAGUCUAUGUCAUGGAAAGAUGUUUCGUACACUCAGUGUAUAGAGCUCUAAGGGCUUUGGCCAAAAGUAGUGCACUAUAUAGGGAAUAGGGUGCCAUUUGGGACGUGGCCUCCACCUCUGCGGCUACUGCUGACCAGUCCUUUACAGUAAAAUACAGUGAGGCUGAUUGACUGACUGAUGGAUGUCAUAUCAUAUCUGUCAGUUGUGAGAAGUCAUUUCUCAGACAGAUGUGUGGGAGUCUGAGCCAGGUUACACCUGGGUUGGUAUGUAGAGGAGAGUGGUACUGAUAGUUGAAAUGGCUGUUUCUGCUGACUGCAGUACAUUAUCAUUUAUCACAUCCCUCAAAACAAUAUUUCAUAGAAUAGUUCCUGGGUUGUCAAUAGUCAAAAAGACCAGUAGUUCAAAUGAGGUCCUCCAGUAGUUCAAAUGUGGUCCUCUGUAGCUCAAUUGGUAGAUCAUGGCACUUGGAACACCAGGGUAGUGGGUUCGAUCCCCGGGACCACCCAUACGUAAACAUGUAUGCACACAUGACUGUAAGUCGCUUUGGAUAAAAGCGUCUGCUAAAUGGCAUAUUAUUAUUAUUAUUAUUAACAUAGCACAACUUACCAAGGUUUUGUAGCUAUGCCUAUGCACAAGUACAGUGGUAGUACAGGUACUGUAGCUAUCUUGGUGAACUAUCAUCCAAACAACAUAGCAUGGACUCACCACUGGGCAGGUUGCAUACUAUUCAAACCUACCUGUAAUAUGUGUGUCCACUGAGGAAUAUUCAGUAAAUACCGUAAAGUUCAAUAUCUAAUGGUAAAAUAAAGGGUAACCACUCUUCCUGUGUGGGUUCCAGCCAGGGAUAUCCAGGCGUGGGAGUACGUUCCUCUGGGUCCGUUUCUGGGGAAGAACUUUGGGACAACCAUCUCACCCUGGGUGGUUCCUAUGGAGGCCCUACUGCCCUUCGCUGAGCCCAACACUGUCCAGGUGAGGAACACAAACAGUAUAGUAUAGUAGUGUAAUAUAGGAUAGACCUGGUGGUCCUACUGCCCUAUAGUAUACUACGGGUGGUCUGGAUGUAUUUUACAUUAUAUUAUGCCACGGGUGGUCUGGAUGUAUUUUACAUUAUACUACGGGUGGUCUGGAUGUAUUUUACAUUAUACCACGGGUGGUCUGGAUGUAUUUUACAUUACAUUAUACUACGGGUGGUCUGGAUGUAUUUGACAUUACAUUAUACUACAGGUGGUCUGGAUGUAUUUUACAUUACAUUAUACUAUGGGUGGUCUGGAUGUAUUUUACAUUACAUUAUACUAUGGGUGGUCUGGAUGUAUUUGACAUUACAUUAUACUACAGGUGGUCUUGAUGUAUUUUACAUUACAUUAUACUAAGGGUGGUCUGGAUGUAUUUUACAUUACAUUAUACUACGGGUGGUCUGGAUGUAUUUUACAUUACAUUAUACUACGGGUGGUCUGGAUGUAUUUUACAUUACAUUAACACUUUUACAUCUUCACCAUUCAGGUAAGCCUUUAGUAAUGAGAGCCAGUAUCCAUACCAUCUUAGAAAAAAAGGUGCCAUCUAUAACCUAAAAGGGUUCUUCAGCUGUCCCCAUAGGAGAACCCUUUGAAGAACCCUUUUUGGUUCCAGGUAGAACCCUUUUUUCUAAGAGUGUAGUGGCUCUUCAAGCUCUUCUAUUUCCACUUCCUGUUUCAGGAUCCAAAGCCCCUCCCUUAUCUACACCAUGACGAUGCCUUCACCUUCAACAUUAAUCUGUUUGUGUCAGUGAAAGGUAUGUAGGGUUUUACAUACACACACACACACACACACGUACGUGCACAGACACACAGUAAAAAGGAAUUGUUGGUGAAUGAGUGCCAUGCCUUGGUAAUUAAGCACACACAUUCAAGGGAGGUAAUGAUUUACCAUUAAGAGCUUUGUAUUCCUAAUGUAUUCAUUCUCUCUCUCCUGACUCUCUCUCCUGACUCUCUCUCCACUGACUCUCUCUCCACUGACUCUCUCUCCACUGACUCUCUCUCUCCUGACUCUCUCUCCACUGACUCGCUCUCUCCUGUCUCUCUCUCUCCUGACUCUCUCUCUCCUGACUCGCUCUCUCCUGUCUCUCUCUCUCCUGACUCUCUCUCCUGACUCUCUCUCUCCUGUCUCUCUCUCUCCUGACUCUCUCUCCACUGACUCGCUCUCUCCUGUCUCUCUCUCUCCUGACUCUCUCUCCACUGACUCUCUCUCUCCUGACUCUCUCUCUCCACUGACUCGCUCUCUCCUGACUCGCUCGCUCCUGACUCUCUCGCUCCUGACUCUCUCCUGACUCUCUCUCCACUGACUCUCUCCACUGACUCACUCUCUCCACUGACUCACUCUCUCCACUGACUCUCUCUCCACUGACUCUCUCUCUCCACUGACUCUCUCUCUUCACUGACUCUCUCUCUCCACUGACUCUCUCUCUCCACUGACUCUCUCUCUCCACUGACUCUCUCUCUCCACUGACUCUUUCUCUUCACUGACUCUCUCUCUCCGCUGACUCUCUCUCUCCGCUGACUCUCUCUCCUGGGUCUCUCUCUCCUGACUCUCUCUCUCCUGACUCUCUCCACUGAUUCUCUCUCUACUGAAUCUCUCUUCACUGACUCUCUCUCUCCGCUGACUCUCUCUCUCCACUGACUUUCUCUUCACUGACUCUCUCUUCACUGACUCUCUCUCUCCUGACUCUCUCCACUGAAUCUCUCUCCACUGAAUCUCUCUCUCCGCUGACUCUCUCUCCACUGACUCUCUCUCUUCACUGACUCUCUCUCUCCUGACUCUCCAAUGACUCUCUCUCCUGACUCUCUCCUGACUCUCUCUCCACUGACUCUCUGUCCUGACACUCCAAUGACUCUCUCUCCUGACUCUCUCUCCUGACUCUCUCUCCACUGACUCUCUGUCCUGACUCUCUGUCCUGACUCUCUCUCUCCUGACUCUCUGUCCUGACUCUCUCUCCACUGACUCUCUGUCCUGACUCUCUCUCCACUGACUCUGUCCUGACUCUCUCUCCACUGACUCUCUGUCCUGACUCUCUGUCCUGACUCUCUCUCCACUGACUCUGUCCUGACUCUCUCUCUCCUGACUCUCUCCUGACUGUCUCUCUCCUGACUCUCUGUCCUGACUCUCUCUCUUGACUCUCCACUGACUUUCUAUCCUGACUCUCUCUCUUGACUCUCCACUGACUUUCUUUCCUGACUCUCCACUGCUCUUCCUAUGUAUUUUCUGAGGUGUUAUUGAGGGGGUAUUUCAGGUGUUGAUAUCCAGUCUCAAUCAACUAUUGUGGGUUGUUUUUUUCAGGAGAGGCAAUGAAGGAAGCAGCCACUAUAUGCAAGUCCAACUUCAAGGUAAGUAAUUGGUAAAGUUGACUUGUCUAAACAUUGGAUAGCUUACUACAGUUGCAUCAAUGUGCAGAGUUGUGGACUCGAAUCACAUGACUUGGACUCGAGUCUGACUUGGGUCACAAAUUUGAUGACUUGAGACUCAACUUAUAUAACUUGAGGCUUGACUUUGACUUGGAGCCUAAAGACUUGGGACUCAACUUUUACUUGAGACUAAUGACUUGAAAUGAUCUUGUUCUCUUUGUCACUCAUUUUGUGGCACAGAGUCUCAGUGCAUUGCUUUCCACUAUCCAGAGACAGUAGCCGCAGCAUCGCACAUUGCAAAAAAAAAAAGUGAUAGUGAAACGCACACUUGGCCCUCUGAUUGGACCAGCAAACUGUCAAUUAAUACAGGUCAGGUGAGCUAGCGCAGUGGUUCUCAAAGUGUAGAAGGAUUUGGGGGGUCGUGAGCAAAAUAAAAUGCAUUAUUAUUCCCAUACCAUUAUUACAGAGAAUCAGACAAAUUAUGCUACCCUCUGCCUAUUGGCUACUUCAUUUAUCAGUGGAGAGAGAUUCAGUGGAGAGAGAUUCAGUGGAGAGAGAUUCAGGAGAGAGAGAGCCAGGAGAGAGAGAGCCAGGAAAGAGAGAGCCAGGAGAGAGAGAGCAAGGAGACAGAGAGCCAGGAGACAGAGAGCCAGGAGACAGAGAGCCAGGAGACAGAGAGCCAGGAGACAGAGAGCCCGGAGAGAGAGAGCCAGGAGAGAGAGAGCCAGAAGAGAGAGAGUCAGGAAAGAGAGAGCCAGGAGAAAUGAUAUAUAACUGGGCUAAUAACUCGCUAACUAGCAAAGGAUAUGAACAAAAUGACUUAUGAGGUACCGGAUGUCUUUCUGACUGACUCACUGUCUCUUUUUUAUCUGUCUUUCUGUGUGUGUGUGUGUGUGUGUGUGUGCGCGCAUCUGUGUAUGUGUGUUAAAGUUACGUUUUAUUAGUCGUAUGUACAGGAUACACAUGGUAUACACCGUCCAACGAAAUGCUUACUAGCAGGCUCCUUCUGGACAAUGCAACAACAACAAUAAGAAAUAUUAAAAGAUAAGACUAUGAACAUAAAGUAAAUGGCUCAGUAGAAUAGAAUAAACAUUUUAGCAUCAGUAUAAUACAGGAAGCACAAUUUAUAUUACCAUUUUUUCAUAUGUUCUGGGCAAGGGGGGAUUGGGGGUUUAAAUUGUGCAGCAUUGUAUAUACAUAGUGUGUGUGUGUGUCUCUCUUUCCCUCUCACUUCUCUCUAUCUCUCUCUCCAUCUCUCUAGUAUAUGUACUGGACUAUGAAGCAGCAGUUAGCCCAUCACACAGUCAAUGGCUGUAACGUCAGACCUGGAGACCUGCUGGCCUCAGGAACCAUCAGUGGACCGGUGAGGUUGUGUUUGGUUGCGUGUGUGUGUCUGUGAGCAUUUUGUAUCUGAAUCAGUGUUUACAUGUGUGCACAUUUUACUGUAUAUGUUCUGAUGAGUUGUUGUUGAUUCACUAUUGACCUAUCUCUCGCUCUCUGUCACUCUCUCUAUUUUUCUCUGUCACUCUCUCUUUCUCUGUCUCUCUCUUUCGCUCUCUCUUUCACUCUCUCUGUCUCUCUCUGUCUCUCUCUCUCUCUCUCUGUGUGUAUGUGUAGGAGCCAGACAGUUUUGGUUCUAUGUUGGAGUUGUCAUGGAAGGGUUCUAAGACCGUGGACUUGGGAGGAGGAGAGACAAGAACCUUCCUAAAGGAUGGAGACGAGGUCACUCUUACAGGUGGGUGGAACCCUAUUAUACAGAGACUAUUACAGACAGAACCACUACAGAAACCAUGAUAUAUCCUUACUGAGCUCACUACAAACACUGUUACAGACAGAACCACUACAGAAACCAUGAUGCACCCUUACUGAGCUCACUACAAACACUGUUACAGACAGAACCACUACAGAAACCAUGAUACACCCUUACUGAGCUCUCUACAAACACUGUUACAGACAGAACCACUACAGAAACCAUGAUACACCCUUACUGAGCUCUCUACAAACACUGUUACAGACAGAACCACUACAGAAACCAUGAUACAGCCUUACUGAGCUCUCUACAAACACUGUUACAGACAGAACCACUACAGAAACCAUGAUACAGCCUUACUGAGCUCUCUACAAACACUGUUACAGACAGAACCACUACAGAAACCAUGAUACACCCUUACUGAGCUCUCUACAAACACUGUUACAGACAGAACCACUACAGAAACCAUGAUAUAUCCUUACUGAGCUCUCUACAAACACUGUUACAGACAGAACCACUACAGAAACCAUGAUAUAUCCUUACUGAGCUCUCUACAAACACUAUUACAGACAGAACCACUACAGAAACCAUGAUAUAUCCUUACUGAGCUCUCUACAAACACUAUUACAGACAGAACCACUACAGAAACCAUGAUAUAUCCUUACUGAGCUCUCUACAAACACUAUUACAGACAGAACCACUACAGAAAACAAGAGACAACUAUCAUUUAGCAGACAGUCAGUGCAUUCAACAAUUAAACUGUAUUGCUCAGUUGGAAGAGCAUGGAACUUCGAUUGCCAGGAUUGAGGGUUUGAUUCCCGGUACCACCCUUAUGUAAAAUAUAUGCACGCAUGACUGUAAGUGGCUUAUGAUAAAAGCAUCUUCUAAAUGACAUACUAUUAUUAUUAUUAUUAUUUUAGCUUCAGGUAGCUAGGUUAGACAACCACAUAUCACAGUCAUUGUAAGUAGAGCUUUCCUCAAUAAAGCAGCUAUCACCUAAAUCAGUCCUGGUAAGAAAUGAGGAAGUGUUAGGGAAGUCAGGUGCAAACCACACCCAUCAGGAUGUUCAGGCACGUUCAAGCAAACGCUCAACAUUUUAUUAUCCUAUUUAAACUUCGGUCUGUCACCUACGUGUUAGUGACCACAGCUUCUAUUAGCCAUCGUUCACACACACAACCAAGCCAAUUCACCACCCUACAGCUAUCUCAUACAGACGAUUGAGACUCAGAGAAAGCAAAUCUGUUUGAGAGCUGCUGACCCUCAUCUGAAUAUAAUACAGCAGAAACCUUUUGGGAUUUCAGGUUAACAGCUAUUGAAUGUUAUUCCUAUCAUAUUGGCGUCUCUCAGUCACAGUGUGUUAAUUAAGGACAAAACAGACCAUGCUGACGAUUCUACAUGUUGAAUCUACCAUCCGUUGACACCCAGCAGGUAAUCUACUGUGCAUGGACGACGUUCCUGUUGGUCUGUGUUGUCCUUUAAUUUCUUUCUCCCACUCUGUCUCUAGGUUACUGUGAGGGGAGUGGGUAUAGGGUGGGUUUCGGACCGUGUGUGGGGACCAUUCUACCAGCCCUGUAACCCUGAGAAUCAUCCACCCUCAAUGUCUCUUCCAUCCAGUGGGGGAGAGGCUGUAA